CCAGACUGAAGAAGCUCCAGAGAGCCCUUACCAGGCCAGCCUGAACCCCGCCCAGCACCACCCCUCCUCCAGGAAACACACUGCUACACGAGUAGCCCCUUCUGAUGACAUGGUGCGGUCCAGGGCCCCCCCUCCUGAUGACUUGGUGCGGUCCAGGGCCCCCCCUCCAGAAGGAGUGGUCCAGUCUGAUGCGUCUAACUCAGAAAGCCCUUCCCACAACAUCAAGGACAUGAUCAGACAGUACCAACACCCAUCUAACCCUGCACCCAGCCAGCCUGCACACACACACAGGAGGGGGGAGGGGAAGAUGUUUACAAAGAAGCCGGACCCUCAUGAUGAAGCCAUGUAUAUCCUGAAAGACCAGAUGGCCAACCCACCACCACAGAAGUCUUUCGCUCCGGCGACGCCUCGGGAACCAAAAGAGGAGGGUGGAUCCAAAGUAACCAAGGCAACAAAACCCGGCCCACCUGCCCUAGCCGACUCCCACAGCAGCCCCCUCCCCCCACCAGUGUCCAGAGAGUUGCCUGUAGAGGAAGAGACCAGCCAGACCCAGCUACACCACAGGAGCAGUGAAGAGCACUACACUUACACUAACACACCCUGGAGGAUUUACCUGAGGAAAGAGGUGUUCUACCCUAAAGACAACUUCAACACUCCUCUGUUGCUGGAGCUGCUGUUCAGACAGAUAGUCCACGACACCUUCUCAGAGGCCUGCAUCCGCAUCACUCAGGAGGAGAGGACCAAGAUGAAGGCUCUGUUUGUGGAGCACCAGGUGGGUCAGGAUGGAGCCACACAGGAUGAGAGUGUGAAGAAGAAGAUCGUGACGAUGGCUAGAGACUCCUGGGAAAUAUAUUUCUCACGACUCUUCCCUGCCUCGGGCAGUGUGGGUACUGGGGUGCAGGUGGUCUCUGUGUCUCAUCGAGGCAUCAAGCUGCUGAAGAUGGUGAGAAGCAGCGCUGUUGUCCCAGACUACUUCAGAGUGCUACACCCUUACAGUUACGCGGACAUCCUGUUUGUGUCCAUUCCAUCUAAGAACAUGUUGGAGUUUAACCUGACCAACGAGAAGCUGAUUCUGUUCUCCGCCAAGGCUCCACAGGUUAAACACAUGGUGGACUACUUCAUCACAGAACUGAAGAAGGACUCUGAGUAUGUGGUCGCAGUGAGGAACUACAUCACAGAGGACAGAACUCUGCUCAGCUUCCACAAGGGAGACAUCAUCAGAUUACACAGCGUGGAGGGGCUGGAGGAGGGCUGGCGGUACGGGGCGGUGUAUGGACGGUGGGGUGUGUUUCCAGGUGAGUGUGUUCAGCCGGUGGCCGCUCCAGACUUUCUGGUUCUCCCUGCUGAGAGGGCGGAGCCUCGUGACAGACACGGCCGUGUUGCCGCCUCCGCUGCAAUCGCCGUGGCGAUGGGCUCUACAGUCGCCGCCCAUGAACUGGACCUCAACACAGAGGCUGUGGUAGGGUAUGGUGAGGACAGCAGCAGUCUCCAUCUAGAGGGACUCCCUCUACAGGCCAGUCAGUACACCAUGGAGGAGUUCUCCAGGAAGUACUACAGACGGGCUCAGAGACACAGGGACCAGCUGAAGACCAGGAAGGGGAAGGAUACCAGAGAACCAGCUGACAUGGUUACAUACUCUAAGUCCCCUCUCCAGGAGUCUCUGAUAGACUUCACAGACAGCAACAUGAACAAGGUGGCAGCUGACAUCUCCCUGGCUGUGAUGAAGUUCAUGGGAGACUACCCUCUGAAGGGACAGACAGAACAGGACCUGGUCUCAACAAUCCUAAAGCUCAGUGGGGAGUAUGGUCUGAUGAAAGAUGAAGCUUACUGCCAGGUGAUGAAACAGGUCACAGGAAACACCAGCUCCAAAACGGACAGUUGUCAGAGAGGCUGGAGGCUACUCUACAUCCUGACUGCGUUCCAUCGCUGUUCUGAGGUCCUGAAGCCCUUCCUUUUAACGUUCCUGCUGGACGCCUGCUCUGGUCCUGGAGUCCACUACCAAGGUAUAGCCAAGGCGUGUGAGCAGAACCUGAGGAGGACCUUCCAGUACGGAGGAAGAAUCGAACACCCCAACAGCAUGGAGCUAAAGGCCAUGCUGGCUGGGCGGAGCUCCAAGAGACAGUUGUUCCUCCUACCAGGCGGCAUCGAGAGACACCUUAAAAUCAAGACCUGCUCAGUGUCUCUGGAUGCUAUAGAGGAGCUAUGUAAUGACAUGGGACUGCACAGACUGGAGGCCAUGGAUGAGUACGCUGUAUUUGUGGUCACACACCGAGGUCAGAAUGUCCGUCCCCUCAAUAAGAGGGAGUACAUCCUGGACAUUACUACGGAAGCGGAGCCAGUGGACAGUAACUACAGCCUGUGGUUCAGGAGGGUCAUCUGGACACAGCCGCUUAAAUUUGACAACGAGCUCUGUGUCACCAUGCAUUAUAACCAGGUGUUACCAGACUAUCUGAAGGCCUUGCUGAGUGUGGUUCCUCAGAGUAAAGCCAGUGAGCAGCAGCUGCAGCAGUUGGCCAAGCUGGCAGCAUUACAACACCGUGCUAAAGAUACCGUCUUCCUGCCCACCAUUGGUGAGGUCCAGGAGUAUGUCCCCCCCCAGCUCUACAUCAGACAGCCUCCUCAGCCCUGGCUCAACAUGGUCACUCAGCAUAUGCAGCAGGUCUCUCCUCUGAGUCCUCACCAGGCCAGGGCUCAGUUCCUCGGUCUGGUCAGUGCGUUCCCCAUGUUUGGUUCCUCCUUCUUCUACAUCCAGUCCAGCAGCAACAUCUCCAUCCUGGCUCCCUGUGUGUUGGCUGUCAACCAGAACGGACUGCACUUCCUACACAAGGACUCACAUGAGGCCACGGCGCGUUACCCUCUGAAUGAGAUCCAGUCCACCAGAACCCAGAGACCAACAGGAGGCUCCAGCUCCUCCUAUCCCUACAUAGACAUUCUGCUGGGAGACCUGCUGACACAGCGAAUCACACAGCUGCAGCUAGAACAGGGUCUGGAGCUGUGUCGGGUCAUUGCCAUGCACAUGGAAAACAUGCUGUCUGUCCGGGAGAAGAGACUCACCCUGCCACCGAGUGAGAUCACUCUGUUAUAACACACUGUCUGUCUGUCUGUCUGUCUGUCUGUCUGUCUGUCUGCCAGUCAGUCAGUCAGUCAGUCAGUCAGUCAGACAGUCCGGGAGAAGAGACGUUAGAAGAUGGUAGAUGGUGGUAGAUAGUGGUAGAUGGUGGUAGUUAGUGGUGGAUGGUGGUAGAUGGU